AUGCUGAAAGAGGACUCUCCAGAUGUCUCCCUUGUCCCAAUUGGAGCUGCUGGCGAGUGCAUCUAUUUGGCAAGCACCACCGACUGUUUUUCCCCAAUCUCCCUGGAUCGAUACAAUCAGGGCCGCAUUGCAUGUGCAAACACUCUCUCGGAUCUAUAUGCAAUUGGAGCCCAUCGCAUCGACACUAUUCUUAUCUGCAAACACUCUCUCGGAUGUACAUGCAAUUGGAGCCCAUCGCGUCGACACUAUUCUUAUGAUCUUUUAACCAGAAUGGAGGACAGGUACCGGGAUGUGGUGAUUCGGAGGAUGAUUCAAGGUUUCAACGACGCAUGCAAAGAAGCUGGAACCAGAGUGACAGGAGGACAGGCACUAUUCCAUCCUUGGCCCAUCAUUGGCGGAUGUGCCACUACGACUUUAACAGGGAAGGACCUCGUUAGAGUUGAUGGUUUGCAGCUGGAUGAUGCUUGUUCUGACCAAACCCCUCGGCUGUCAGAUCGCAGCAAAUCUUGCACUCUGGCUGGGAGAUCCGAACAAACAGCAGAAGGCCAAUGCCCUGAUUGA